AUGGAUGGCCCAGGAACUGUCAACGAACAUAUGACAGAAAACUUGUUCAGACGUUUCAGCCUCGAAGAUAAACCAAGGUCAAGGAGACCGUUUGUUGUGGAAGAUGAGGUCUUGCUUGAAAUGGUUGACCAACUGCCAAGUGCAAGCACUUGUACAUUCUCAGCAGUACUUGGUCCAUCACAAAGAACCAUCAAUCGACACCUCCAUAAGCUUGGCCUUCAGAGCAGAGGCUGUCGAGAAGUUCCUCGCGAACUGACCAAUGACCAGGCUCAACAACAUGUGAACAUUUAUAAGCAACUGCUGAAAGAAAUCCUAGUGAUGUUUGUUUUAGGCAUCAACUGUAACUGGAGAUGA